GGGGGCAAAGCGCCUCGCGCCGAGAACUCUGCGCCUGCGCAGUGGUAUGUAGCGGAAGCGCGUGCGCGGUGACGUGGGAGGGGGGGUGGUGGUGCGCGCGCAGUCUCUUCAGCUGGCUGCAGACACACGGUGUGCGAGCGGAGCGGAAUAACCCGCCCCCCACCGGGAUGUGAAGGACUCGGGGUGAGCUCUACUGCACCCAGUACGGUAACUCUCGGGCCUGGGUGGAGGGCAUUUGUUUAGUACUGGCCCGAUAGGGGCUUUCGAGAGUUCGAAGCUCCUGGGUAUUUUUUGACUCUGCCGAAGCACUCAGCGGUGAGAGCUUCGCGCGCCCUACCCAGGCCGGGCCCGACGCGGGGGCAGCCUUGGGUGCGCGCGCUUCUAGGCCCCCGACCGAGACUGCGCAUGACACCUCUUGCGCGCCCCCGUUCCCACUUCCGGACUGCACUUCUGACGAACUGGAAAAAUCGACGCCAAAGGGAUCGGCCACGAGGCGGGCGGGGUGAGAAGCGCCCUAGGCGCGGCCCUGCCCUCGCGUGCGUGGGGUGCUGCGCGGCGUGGCACGGUCUGCGUGACGACACUCUCUAGAGUGUGAGUCUCUUACGAUUGUGGGCAACGCUUUGAACCAUAAGUGCAAUAAGCUCCACAUCGGGCAUCCGAAUCGCUGAGAGGGGACGUUGGUAAUCCUGUUUUUCGUUGAGGCAGAGCCUGGCUUUGACACCUGUGCACACGUCUCUUCUUACGAGUAAUACCAGAACUGAUUCUUUGAGGAGUAGCCAAUGUACAAAGAAGGAGCCGUCGGCUGCUAGCUGAGAGCUACUGCUCCAGGCUGUUUGCAGAGAAGAUGCUUUGAUAGGAAUUUCCUCUUCGGGAGUGCCUGAUAACAAUGAAAUCACAGGAUGGUGAGAACACAGGACGGGCUGUUUCAAUUGUGUGUUGUCUACAGUUAGUUCAAGAGAGAAUUUACUACUGAAGUUAUUAUGGAGCAACAGCAGGUUGCAUUGGGUAAUCAAGAUGGUGGGACUAUAUCAGCAGCAGCGCCUGCCUUUUUUGUCAUCUUGAAACAGCAGCAAGGAAAUAGUAAAACUGAUCAAGGCAUUUUAGUAGCAAACCGAGAUGCCUGUGCUUUAGCCAGCAGUGUGUCAUCACCAGUAAAAACUAAAGUCAAGACAUGCCUUCCAGCUGAUUGUACCUCAGGGGGCAUCACUGUCACCCUGGAUAACAAUAGCAUGUGGAAUGAGUUCUAUCAUCGAAGCACAGAAAUGAUUCUGACUAAGCAGGGAAGACGCAUGUUUCCUUACUGUCGUUACUGGAUAACUGGCUUGAAUUCAAAUUUAAAGUACAUCCUUGUAAUGGACAUCUCUCCUGUGGAUAACCACCGUUAUAAAUGGAAUGGCCGCUGGUGGGAGCCCAGUGGCAAGGCAGAGCCUCACGUCCUGGGGAGGGUGUUCAUUCAUCCAGAAUCUCCUUCUACGGGACAUUACUGGAUGCAUCAACCAGUGUCUUUCUAUAAACUGAAACUUACCAACAAUACAUUGGAUCAGGAAGGGCACAUUAUCUUACACUCUAUGCAUCGUUAUCUGCCACGGCUUCACCUGGUACCUGCAGAAAAGGCUACAGAAAUUAUACAGCUAAAUGGCCCUGAUGUCCAUACCUUCACCUUCCCGCAGACUGAGUUCUUUGCAGUGACAGCUUAUCAGAACAUUCAAAUUACCCAGUUAAAAAUAGAUUACAACCCAUUUGCCAAAGGGUUUCGGGAUGAUGGAUUGAACAGCAAACCUCAGCGAGAUGUGAGACAAAAGAACAGUUCAGACCAGGAAGGGAGUAGUGUUCCCAGUUCUCCUGGUUAUCGAGGCCAUCUUACUGAAAGUGAUGGAUCAGAGAUACAACAAAGUGUCCCAGAUACUGAAUUGAGUGGCCAUGAGCCAUCAGAGGUAGACUUGGAGAAGGCAUCCUUUAAUGCAGAACGAGAUUUUCUUGGUUUUCUAAAUUCUGGUUUGACUUCUGAUGGGAUUCCACAACUAAAGCAAGAAGCUUCUGAAAGUCCUGUUGCCAGUAGUUUUGAAGACAACUCUCAUGUAGCAUCACCAUUAGACCCAAAUGAAAACUUUAAUGUGGUCAUUAAAGAAGAACCCCUAGAUGAAUAUGACUAUGAACUUGGUAUGUGCCCUGAAGGAGUUACAGUAAAGCAAGAAGAUACUGAUGAAGAAACUGAUGUGUAUUCAAACAGCGAUGAUGAGCCCAUACUGGAGAAACAGCUAAGGCGCCAUGGAGAAAUAGAUGACUCAGAUGUUGACCAUUCUGCCAAACGGCCACUCAGUAGCCCAUCGGGUGUUGCUAAAGCCAAAAUGUUAAAACUAGAUAGUGGCAAGAUGCCAGUGGUCUAUCUAGAACCUUGUACUGUAACUAAAAGCACAGUAAAGAUCUCUGAGCUACCUGAAAAUAUGUUUUCUCAAAGUCGGAAAGAGAAGUCUCCUGUAUUGACUGAAUUAGACUAUAUGCCUGCAUAUAUGGAGAAUUCCAGGAAAGCUAGCUUCUGCUUAUCCAGAGAAAUAGAAAAAGAACUUAGGAAACAACCACCAGAGCUCAGAGCACCACAGAAAUACUCCUGCCUUAAAGAUCCUGAUUGGAAAUAUUCUGAUUUGGGUGAAAACAGCACAUCAAAGACACUUAACACUAAUCCUAGAAGCUUAGAUGGUGAUUUUUUUUCAGAAAAAGAUGACUUGGGCAGAAAGAGAACAACUGUGUUAAAAAUUACAGGGGCUCCAAAAGCCUCCAGUACUACUCAGAAUGUCACUCCAAGUGUUCCCGGAAAGAGAGGAAGGCCCAGAAAAUUUAAACUCUCCAAGGCAGGGAGACCACCUAAAAGUACAGGAAAAUCUAUAACAGCCAACAAAACUGCACCUGUGGGACCUUCGAGUGCCUUUCCAGAUGUGAAGCCUGAUCUCGAAGAUGUAGAUGGUGUCCUUUUUGUUUCCUUUGCAUCAAAGGAAGCUCUGGACAUUCACACAGUUGAUAGAGCAGUUGAAGAACCCACCAAUCUUCAGGAUUCUGCCACAAGUGAUCCAGGUCGAAGAGCAAGGAUUUGCCAGCUGGAACAGGAGUUGUUAGAAGAUUUGAAGUCCUUGAGGCAUAAACAAGUGAUCCAUCCUGGUCUUCAAGAAGUGGGUUUGAAACUGAACUCAGUGGAUCCAACAAUGAGUAUUGACCUUAAAUACUUGGGGGUACAGCUGCCUCUGGCUCCUGCCACUAGCUUUCCUCUCUGGAACCUUGGAGGAACCAAUCCUGGCUCUCCGGAUCCUGGAUUUCCUUUUGUUUCCAGGACAGGGAAGACCAAUGACUUCACGAAGAUCAAAGGGUGGAGAGGAAAGUUUCAUAGUGCUUCUUCCUCUAAGAAUGAAGGUGGCAGUUCAGAGAGUUCCCUGAAGAAUCGCUCUGCCUUCUGUAGUGACAAACUUGACGAAUAUUUAGAAAAUGAAGGCAAGCUAAUGGAAACGAGCAUGGGCUUUUCAUCAAAUGCUCCCACGUCACCUGUGGUAUAUCAACUACCAACCAAGAGUACUAGCUAUGUACGAACAUUAGAUAGUGUUCUAAAGAAGCAAUCUAUAGUUACCCCAUCCACAUCUUACUCUUCGAAGCCUCAUCCUGUACCUUCUGUCCCUCGUAAGACCAAGUCUCUCACUAAACAAGCAGUUUCCAGUGGCCGAACUAAAUCAUCCUAUAAACCCAUUUUGCCGUCUCCUGUUUCACCAAAGCAGAAAUCAUCUCAUUUAGCUCCAGGAGAUAAGGCCACCAAGACUUCCCCAAAUAGCAUGUUGGAAAGUCAGGGGGAAAACUUCAUUGGACCAACUGUGGAUGAAAAUGUGUUGCCAAAGCAGAUCAAUCUUAGGCAGGCACAUCACCAACAGCACCCAGCAACUCGUCCUCCAGGACUGUCUAAAUCUCAGGUGAAGCUGAUGGACUUGGAAGAUUGUGCCCUGUGGGAAGGGAAACCACGGACCUACAUCACUGAGGAGAGAGCAGAUGUGUCUUUAACGACUCUGCUUACAGCUCAAGCCUCUCUCAAAACUAAACCCAUCCACAAAAUUAUCAAGAAACGAGCUCCCCCCUGCAACAAUGACUUCUGCCGACUGGGCUGUAUAUGUGCUAGUCUAGCCUUGGAGAAACGCCAACCUGCUCAUUGUCGUCGGCCUGACUGUAUGUUUGGCUGCACCUGUUUGAAAAGAAAAGUUGUGCUUGUUAAAGGAAGAUCCAAGAAAAAGCGUUUCCUGAGGAAGACUGCUCGAAGAGACUCAGUAUUUUCUGGCACCCUUGAGGAUCAGAAAAAGGAAGGAGGAAAAGAAGUGACCAGGGAGGAAGAUCGGUUGAGAGAAAAAAAGAAGAGAAAGAAGGUGGAAUAUACUAUCUGUGAUACGGAACCAGAACAGCCCAUUCGUCAUUAUCCCUUAUGGGUGAAAGUAGAAGGCGAGGUAGAUCCAGAGCCAGUUUAUAUUCCAACACCUUCUGUUGUUGAGCCCCUGAAACCAACAGUUCUGCCUCAUCCAGAGAGUUUGCCUACCAGCAGCAAGAACAAACUUACCAAUGGAGUUAAACCAGUGCGUGUGUAUACUCCCAAACCCAACCCUGUGAUUCGAGAAGAAGACAAAGAUCCUGUAUACUUGUACUUUGAGAGCAUGAUGACUUGUGCUAGAGUUCGAGUAUAUGAACGGAAACUAGAAGAAGGGGAGCAACCAUCACCAUUGAGGCAACAAAACUCAUGCCAAUCUAGCACUAAGAACUAUAGCGCAAAGGAACAUGAUUCUGAACAUCAACCCAUGAAGCAGAAUACUUAUGAAAUGGAGAAAGAUAUUGAUAAAUCAGGAGAAAAAAGCUGGAGGUCCUCCUGCAAUGAAGGGGAAUCAUCUUCUACCUCGUACAUGCAUCAGACUUCCCCUGGUGGGCCCACCAAACUGAUAGAGAUCAUCUCAGACUGUAAUUGGGAGGAAGAUCGAAACAAGAUCUUGAGCAUUCUGUCCCAGCACAUCAAUAGCAAUAUGCCACCACAGUCCCUCAAGGUGGGCAGCUUCAUAAUUGAGUUGGCUUCUCAGAGAAAGAGUCGGGGUGAAAAGAACCCUCCCAUUUAUUCUUCUCGGGUGAAAAUAUCUAUGCCAUCAUGCCAAGAUCAGGAUGAUACCGCUGAAAACUCUGACUCAGAGACUCCCGAUGGUUCACCAUCACACAGAAAAGUAGAUGAUACCACCUUUGAACAGACAAAUGCCCUAGAAGCACUGAGGGAAAAAUUGCAUGGAGGCAAAGCUCUGCCUUUCUAUGCUGGACUUUCUCCUGCAGGGAAGCUAGUGGCCUAUAAACAAAAACCCAGUUCAAGGACAUCAGGACUAAUAGAGGUAGCAUCCAAUGCCAAGGUGGCUGCAUCCAGGAUACCACGCACCCAGGUGCCUUCGCCUUCCACUUCCCAAACGAUGUCCUCCAGCACUACAACAGCCUCUACGAUGACGACUCUGAAGGCGUUCGUCCCGGCACAGAGGCCAAUUGAAAGUGCUGCUCAGAUUCCAGUGGCUACCUCUCCAGUCUCUCCUAGCCCAGAAAAGCGUGCUGGACCUCGACUACUCUUGAUCCCUGUGCAGCAAGGUUCUCCUGGUCUUCGACCCCUCCAAAACAUGCAACUUGUUCAGGGUCAGAGGAUGCUCCUACAACCUGUCAGGAGCCCUAGUGGAAUGAACCUGUUCAGACACCCCAAUGGUCAGAUUGUCCAGCUUGUUCCUUUGCAACAGGUGCGGGGCUCUAGUACACAGCCCACCUUACAGCCUGUUAUGCUUCGGAACCCAGGGUCUGCAGUAGGAAUCCGCUUACCUGCACCUUCCAAACCUCCUGAAACAACACCUUCUUCUGCCUCUCCUUCAACUUUCUCAACCAUGAAUCCCAUGAUUCAAACUGUUGGCUCUUCUCCACCUAUGAAUUUAAUUACUCAGGCAUCAUCUGUGCUUUCCACUGUGCCUAGCUUUGUGUCUCAAGCUGGUACUUUGACCUUGCGGAUAUCCCCUCCGGGAGCAGGCAGCUUUGCAAGUCAGACAGGCUCAGAAUCCAAAAUAACUUACAGCUCAGGUGGGCAGCCAGUUGGCACAGCUAGUCUCAUUCCUCUGCAGUCUGGUAGUUUUGCUUUGCUGCAGCUUCCAGGACAGAAGCCAGUUCCCAACUCAAUUAUUCAGCAUGUUGCUUCACUGCAGAUGAAGCGAGAGUCUCAAAAUCUGGAUCAUAAAGAUGAAACAACUUCCUUGAAGCAGAACAGUCAUAAAAAGGCUUUACGUUCAAAAGAGGGAGUUGUCAGAGAGCCAGAGAAUGAUUUAGGACUGGCAGCAGAAUUACCUGGUAGAACUGAGGUACCUUUGACUGAUACAGUAAAGCAAAACCAAGCUGCUACUGCUUCUGAGGUAGCCCAGAAAGAUCUCCAAGAAGGUGGGGGUGGUCCUUCAAGUAAAGAUCCCCUUUUACAAGAGGACAUUCCUGCUGAUGUCAUAUCCUCAGACCACUCCUAUAUCAGUGGGUCACGGGCAAAUGAAAGCAAUAAAGAAGUUGAUGAAGCGAAAGAGAAUUGUAAUCUCAGUGGUUCAGAAGAAAAAAUGAAUGAGAUUCUAGAAGAUAAAUGUAUUCCCCAAGAAGUCAAAAAUAAAGCAGUUCAAACAAUGAAUAAUGUACAGCUGAAAAGCUCUAAUGUUCAGGGAGAGACGUCUCAGCUGAGAAACAUAAAUGAGGAGCAGAAAGGUAUAAAGAACCCAGAAGAAAAACUGAUGAACAGUGACCUUUUAACUAGCUCUAAGGAAGACAAAUUAUCCAGGAGUAAAGUGGUGCAGGAAGAGGUGACAAUACAGCCUGAAGCAAAAGAGAAGGAUUGUGUGACUUCCAUAGAGAAAAAAGACUCGACAAGAGAAAGUCAGGAAAACCACCUGAAGGAGAAUUUGAUCCAGAAAUGCGAUGAUAUUUCAAAAGAACAUGUGCAAGCUGGAGAUGAGCAUUUGACUGAAGAAACUGAAACAAGUCAGGAAAACCCUAACGUUCUUGGUCAAAAGCAAGGCUCUUCUGGCUUAUUGGAGGAAAGUGAAAUUGGUAAGAGCACUAGAAAUUUUAAUGUCGAGUCUGAUACUUGGAACAAGAUUCCUAAUUCUUCAGCCUUUUCCAUUGUUCCUCAAAUGGUUGAGAGAGCCGAAAAAGGGGAUAAAGUUGUCCAAGGUCAUUUGCUCAUACCAGGAGAACAAAUACAACAACAUCUAAAGCAAAGGAAGAAGGGUGGGAGAACCAUUGUUGACCUCCCUGUUUCAGAUGUGGAAGAAGAAGAGGAAGAGGAGGAGGAAGAGGAGAAAACUGAUGAUUCUGCUGAUGAUAUGGUUGAUGGCAUCUCUGACUACCAGAGUGAAGAAGUUGAAGAAGUAGAAAAGAAUAACUCUAUGGAUUACACUGAAGAAGAAGAGCAAGUAGACAUUGAAACUGUUGAGGAAUUUUCAGAGAAAAUUAAUAUUGCUCGCUUGAAGGCCACAGCUGCUCAUAUGCGUUCUUCUAAGCAACUGUGCCAUAGCCAUGUUCCUUCAGAAGAGAAAGCACCUGAGAAGAGUCGAAAGGACCCACCAAUUCCUGUAAAACUGAAACCUGAAUUCUGGAGUGAAAAACUACAAAAAGAAGCAGAAGCUUUUGCUUACUAUCGCCGAACACACACUGCCAAUGAACGGCGUCGACGUGGUGAAAUGCGGGAUCUCUUUGAGAAAUUGAAGAUAACAUUGGGUUUGCUUCAUUCUUCUAAGGUCUCCAAAAGCCUCAUUCUCACAAGGGCCUUUGGAGAGAUCCAGGGACUAACAGACCAAGCAGACAAAUUGAUAGGGCAGAAAAACCUCCUAACUCGAAAACGGAAUAAUCUGAUCCGCAAAGUGUCUUCUCUUUCAGGUAAGACAGAAGAAGUUGUCCUGAAGAAGCUGGAAUACAUUUAUGCCAAACAGCAAGCAUUAGAAGCACAAAAGAAAAAGAAGAAGAUGGACCAGGAUGAGCCUACUGUGCCCCCUCGAGCAGUCAAACAGCAGGAAGGAGCUUCUACAUCCUCUGUAGAGCUGGGGCAGGUGGUUAUGACCAGCAGACGAGGGAAGCCAUUAAUACUCGCCAGGAAAAGAGCACCAUCCACAGAAAAGAUUUCACCUUCUCACACAGUACAUAAUACUGCCAGUCUUGUGAUGACUCCGCAAGGGCAAGUGCUCACCUUAAAGGGACCUUUAGUCUCAGGACCAAUGGUAACUGUUUCUCCUGCUCUUCUACAAAGUGUGAAGCCUCAAAUGACCAACAGUGCUGUAGUUCAGCAAGAAAGUGAUGACUUGUUUAUGAUGCCCAGGAUUGUUAAUGUGACCUCACUGGCCACAGAUGGAGGCCUCGGCUUAGAUGUGGGUGCCAGCAAGCAUUCUCUUGAAGGUUCUCAUGCCAAGUCAACUGACCAGACUCUAAAAGAAACCAUCAGAAAUGAGAAUACAUCCCUGGAAGAUCUGUCAAGAAACUCCUCUGGGAACAGUCACGGAGAUGGGAGAAUAGUGCCAAGGCCAACACAGGAUUUUGUGGAAAACAAAGACAUUAGUUUUCCACAAAUAGUCAAUGUUUCUAGUAUGCGGACACCUCUAGAGACCUUAUCCAGAAAAGUUUCUGGAGGAGUUGUGAGUGGGAGCCAAUGUAGGAGGAAAGAGACUGAAUCAGGAGGUGAGAGGUUGAAAUUAAAGGAGAUCCCAUUUCGCAAACUGCAGGUGAAAGAUCUUAAGGAUUCAAGUAUAGAGAUAGAGCUGAGAAAAGUGGCCUCUGCCAUUGAAGAAGCAACGCUGGACCCUAAUGAGCUUCUGUCUAGCAUGGAGGAGGAGGAUGACACAGAUGAGACACUCACCUCAUUGCUCAAUGAGAUUACCUUCCUCAAUCAGCAGCUAAAUGAUGACUCUUCCAGCAUGACUGAGCCCCCCAGCUCCAUAGGUGCAGAAUUCCCUAGGUUGGCGAAUGCCCGUCGGGCUGUUGCCAGCAAGCUGGCCUCUGGCAGUAGAGCCACUUUUCAGCUUGGCACCCUUGGGAGUAGUUUGAAAGAGCUGCCUGAGGUACAGGAAGCCAGUGGUUCCAUCAGUCCCCUCCUCUUGCACCUGGAGGAUGAUGACCUUGCUGAGGGUGAAAGGCAACCUACAGAAACAGAUGUCCUUAAGAUUGUUAUUGACCCAGAGAUAAAAGAAUCAUUUUCUUCCCAUAAAAGGCCCAGUGAUGCUGGAAAAAUGACCUCCAGCUUCCCAGCUGAGCCUGAAAACAUGUCCUCACCCCCUAUUCUUCAUAUGAAGACUGGACAAGAGAGCAGCAGCACAGAUACUUUAUGGAGGCCCAUGCCAAAAUUAGCACCUCUAGGGCUUAAAUUAGCUAAUCCUCCCAGUGAUGUAGAUGGACAGGGUCUUAAAGUGAUGCCUUGCUUGGCACCUAUAGUUGCCAAAGGAGCGCCAGUUGGGCUGAAAACUACAGUAGCAGGCCAUAAUGACCAAGAAGGACAGGAGAACAAAGUGAUGCCGACGUUAGCACCUGUGGUGGCUAAAUUGAGUAACUCUGGGCCCUCCUCUAGUCCUUCAGGCAAAAUGAGGAAGUUUGUCCAGAAGCUAAGUGAAAAAGCCUGAAACUGUUAAGGCUGUAAAGGGAAAAAAACUGCCUCCUGCUCACUCUCUUUUCUGUAGGCAUCUUCUUAUUUUUUUGUCAUGGGACUAUGGUCCUUGAAUUUGAGGGUGGGGUAAGUGAUGGGAAGUGUUGGCCCUGGAAUCAGUGCUAUGAAAUUCUGAUCAUGCUUAAGUUUGUUACCUCACUUUUGGUGCUGGGUUCCAUUAUUCUCUGGGGGAGGAUCCAUCGUUGCUGGACAUAGGGAACCCUUUUUACCAAGGAAUUUUUCCAAGCAUGGGAAAGUAGCCCCUGAUUUCUUCCUUCCAGAGAAAAAAAGCUGCUUAAAGCUGAGGAGCUGCUAUGAAUUCUGCUCCUGGUACAGUGAACUGUCUAUGCAGAUGCAGGGUUGUUUGUGUCUGAAGUUUCUGCAGAACCCAAGGAACUCGAUGAGCUUGUGCAAAGGAAUCCAGAGGAACUUAUUGGUAUACCAGGAGUUAGGGGGUGGAGGGAAUAAAUUCUGUGGAAUACCAAAGGGAGGAAUUUUCUCAGCAAAAGCUUCACUUUCCUCAUAUCAUAAACUUCCACUCCAAAAUCUUUUCUGCUAUAAGCCCAAACCUUUCAGUAGAAUAGGGAAGCUUUUAAAUGUCUCAAAGCUAAUUAGCCUAAUUCAUUUAAUAGCUAUAUUCUUUCUCACUCUCCUAAUGGGUUCCUAGAUUAGCAUUUUAUUACCCCAGAAAAUACCUCCUGGAGUACUCCUAAGGGUGUAUAUGGAAAUCCUUUCAUCCCUUCUCUGCCCUGGGUCACCCCAGUGACAACCCUGCUAAGAUAGGUUUUGGUUCACGGAGGGUAUGCUUUUUUCCCCAAGACAACAGCCAAAAAAAAAUUGUGGGGCUGUUUGCUAGAUCAAACUAGUCUCCUCUGCAUACAAGAAUGGUGCUUGGACAAGGUUUUGCUGCACUUGCACAGGGUUGUAUAGCAAAAAAAAUAAUAAUAAUAAAAAUUAAGUCAUAGCAGACACUCAUUACCAGGGAAAUAGGGCAGUAUUUGAAUCACAAGAUGUAUUUUUUAUUCUCUGCCACCAUGGAUUCAAUGAUAUAUAGAGCCUUUUCACUUAUAAGCUAUCAGGUUGUUAAGGCCUGGCAGCCUGUAUAGAUAUUUAUAUUUUUGUACACAGUUGUUUUCAUAGCUUCCUUAAAGGCUGAAGUUUUCAACCUAAGAGAUGAGAUUUGUAAUGCGUAUAGAAAUGUUUUUUCCUAUCUGGUUUGUAAAUAAGUAGGAAUCAUGGUGCACUUGAGGGGUCUCUUGGAAACUCCUGGAAGUGAGAAUCACUGCUCUGAAAUUGUACUGACUCUGGGAUCUAGCUGCUGCAUUUUGCCUUUCUUACGUAAUUGUAUUUUGGAAUGUAACCCUUGUCUUCACCACCUUCAUUGGCAGGAUUUCCUUGUGUUGUGGAACACUGGCACAAGAGCUUCCAGCUUUUGAAGCUCCUGGGCAGUGCCUAGGAGAUGCUGUCUCUUUCCUCUCCCUUCUUCUCUUUACCCUGCAUCCCACACAGCAUAUCUUCCCAAACUGGGUUUGUGAGGUUGUUUGAUAUGGUUUUGGCAGGUGAAUUCUUUCUAACUUCUGUGUUUGGCAUCCUUCCUGCCAGUCUUGAAAGAGUGGGAUGUCUUCCCUGCAGUCUUAUUAUAUACAAAGAUAUUGGCAAGGUAAGAGCCCAGUAAGUAUAAAUUCUUUGUUGGUCUUGUACUGUUAAUGCUAAGACCUAGAAGUCAUGAGCUCUGACCUCCUUGUUCCCAAAUGAAGAAAGAAGUAGGUGAAGGAUACCCCUUCCUCACCUUUUUUCCGCUUUCCAUGUCCAAAAGAUUUCAUCCAAUGCCUUAGCCAAGGAGACCAGCAUCUGCCUCCCUUGCUUGUCCCCUCUUAACUGUUCCUCCUGCCUUCUCCAGGCUCCUUUGGUGGCUGUUAGUGGAGGGUCCACUCAGCAGUAACCGAAGGAAUCAUCCUCAGGAUAAAAGGAGCAUUUUAGACUCUAAACAUUUUUCUUUCUCUUUCUUGGAAGAAAACAAAUAACCUCUUCCUAUCUGGAGGACAUGUUUGGCUCUGGUAUUGUGUAACUACACGAAGACUUGAAUAGGUGGCCCGAGGUUCUCAGGAAUAACUGCUGCAAAUGGUGUACUACCCAAUUGUGUAGUACUCUUGAGCUGCCUAAUGCUAAUAUUUGGCAAGGACAGCUUGGGAAGGGCUCAGACUUCGGAGAGAAAUAGAGUCUGCAUGUCUUUUUCCUGUAACUUGCCAGCAAUCUGAAAUCUCCAAGGCCCCCUCUUCUCCCACUAAUUUUAGUGGCUCCUCACUGAUCCCAGACUUACUCUUAUCCCAAGGGAUUGAAUGAAAAUUACGUAUGUGAUUUAUGAAAGAUGUAGCUGUGUGGAGAGGGAUUGUGAAAUCAGGACAGUGGGCUUUCACCCCCACCCUGCAAAGAGCAUGUUCUUGCUAGACCAAGAAUCCUGUUUUUUUUUUAUACAUCUGUAAAUAGAUGGAAUGUUUUUAAGAAUAUAAUAAUGUCAAAUUUAGCUUUUCCUUUUAUAUAUUAAAAAUAUAACUUUCCCUCUUUUCUGCUUUUGAAAAAUGAUUAUUUUUUUAGAAAUCUAACAAUAGGAAAUGUUUGGUGACUGACCUGAAAUAAAUCAAUCAUGUUAAUUAAAGCAGGAUCUGGUGUUGGGAGGUUUGUGCUCGUUUGGAGAGGGGGAUGGAAAUACUGAGACACACCUUAACACUGAAAGUUUAUCUUUGACUGGCCUUUUUCUUGGAAACCUCCCGCCAUACCUUUCGGGAAGAGUUUUGAGAUACUUUAAGGUGUGGGUGACUUCAAAACUUCAUAUACCAUUUAUCUCAAGUAUCUAGGUCUUAGAAGAAGUCUUUGUACCACGGUGAACUGAGGCUAGCAGUACGCAAAAGCACUGUUUUAAUUGUGGCUUUUUGGAGUUGCAAAGGACAUGGAAGACAACCUUUUUAAAAAAGUGAACAGGAAUAUCUUACUUUGAUAAACUCACUAUUAUAUUGCAGAAAAUCUCUUCCCUUUGUAGAAAAGAUUCACUGAAGAGUCCCUUUCAAUAUUGUGCUCCGUUAGUGCCUUUGUUUUGUGAUCAUUAACUACAGGUAACAUGCCAUUAUGUGAAUGCCAUGCAAAUAUUUCUCUUUGUAGAAUUUAAAAAUGAACAUAUUGUUAGAAAUGCUGUUUGAGAGCUGGAGGUCAAGUAGGUGAUACCCAACCAGUAAAAAGUGUUUUGAACAUAAA